AUGACUUCCCACGCCCUUCGAGCUGCAGCCUUAGCAGCCCUCGCCCUAGUUCCCGGGCUGGGUGUCCGCGCAACAACCAUCGAACUCCCUCCUUGCCUUGACCCCUUCCAGCCUUUCAUCUACUCAGGCUGCUACGCCGACACCGGCAACCCGCACGCUCUCAGCCUGCGCAGCCAGCUCGACCAACAGAACAUGACCAUCGAGAAAUGCGUCUCCGUCUGCAAGGGCAACGGCUUCCGCUACGCCGGGCUGGAGUACUAUGGCGUGUGCUAUUGCGGCAACACCGUUAACGGCCAGCAGCUUGACGAGAGCCAGUGCAACUACCCUUGCACCGGCAACUCCUCGCAGACCUGUGGUGGGAGUGAUAUCAUCUCCAUCUAUCAGGAUCCGACUUUCUUGCCGGUUGAUGAGGUCACCGUAGCGGAUUAUGACCAUUUGGGAUGCUGGACUGAUGAUUCCGAGUAUGGAAGGGCGCUGGCUUAUCCCCAGGACCAGCUUAAUGGGCCAACUCUGACGACUGAGAAGUGCUUGGAAGCUUGCCGGGGAGGCGGAUAUCCGCUUGCUGGGACUGAGUUUGGCGGCGAGUGUUGGUGUGGUGUUGUCAUAGGCAACGGGACCUUCUCUGCCCCUGACAACGAGUGCGAUAUUCCUUGCAACGGAAACUCCACGCAGGCUUGUGGCGGACGUGCUCGUCUCAACCUCUACGUCGCCACUGAGCUUCAGUCCCUCGAGCCCUGUGGCUAUGAGCCACCUACCCCGGGUAGCAGCAGCACAUCGUCAUCAUCAACGACUUCAGCUGCUUCUUCUUCCUCGUCCACCCCGACCUCAAACACGGCCACUUCCACCACUCUGGACACCUCCACCAUUUCACCACCGCCUACUACCACCUCACCACCGUCUAUUACCACCACAAAAACCACUUCCACUACCACCUCCUCCAUCUGCAAAGAAACCGUCACCCUCCCACCCACCUGCGAGUACAAGUGCGGCAAAUGGUGUUCCUCCCCCUUGCCUGACUGGGACUCCCCGCAGUCCUGUUUCCCUAGCCACGUCAACUGCUUCCUCCAAGUAUCCGCCUGCUUCAAGCAAGCCGGGUGGCCCGGCGCGCUCGAGUGCUUCGGGUUUGCCGAGUGGUGUUCCGCUCUGAGCACCUACUGCAAGGGCUCCGGUAAACCAGGAGGCAUCUGCUCCAAGAAGGACUUCUGGAACCACAAGCCGCCCUCGGUUCCCGGACCUGGUGCUCCUACCACGACGGUGAUCACGGUUCCUUGUUUGCCUGUUAGCACCGGCAAGCCUACUUCCACCAAGCCGGCCACGUCCACCACCACCAAACCGGCUGCAAGCACCAGCACGCAAUGCCCAAUCCCCACCUCUACCUCCCUUUGCAACCCUCCCAAGAAUAACAAGCCCCCCGUAGGCGGGAUUCCGCUUCCAGUGGUAACCUGCAACGAUCUCCUCCUCUCCUUUAACUCGGGCCACCCCUUCAAGCUGUAUACGGACUCGGACUCCAGAAAGUGCAAGUCGUACGCUCGCUCGUCGCUCGCGGCGGCCUGCUUGGACGCGUGCCAGGAGCAGUACGAUGAUUGCGUUGAUGUGUACGCCAAGGGGUGCAAGGAGGGCAAGUACAAGGAGGAUUCCUAUGCCGGGGCGGUGAUCAAGUGCAAGGAGCAGUAUGCGGAUUGUUGGUUGGCUAAUUGGGGGGUGAGUGCGGAUAAGAAGUGUAAGGUCUGGGGGACGGGGCCUUGGUAG